CCGCAGGGUCCCGGUGGGGAGAGGGCGCGGGCCGCUCGGACCCGCGGGCACCGGCCGCAGGCGGCGGGGUCGUCGUCCGCGGCUGGCUCAGCUCUCUUCCCGCCGUCGCGUCUGGCGGCCGCGGGGCCUAACCCCCGCCGCGCCCCGAGCUCCCGCGGCGCGCGGCCUGAAAGGGCGGCCCUCGGGCCGCGGCUCCCGCAGCUGUCGGGUGAACGGGCGGCGCGCGCGUCUGCGCCCGGGCGGCCCGGCCCCCUGCCCGCCCGCCGCGUGGCUGCCGCCGCGUCCGCCCCGACCUGAGGGGGCGGCCUUGAGCCGGGGCCGCAGGCCGGGGGCGCGGGGAAGUCGGCGGCGCAGCGGCUGGGUGCUGGAGAGCUCCGGACGCGGCAGGGCGAUCUGUCUGCCGGCGGGCACUCGCUGCCCUCUGUCUCAGAAAGGGAGGACGGAGUGGCUAGGGCUUUAUGGGCUCCACGGAGGAGGAGGACGCGGAGCGCGUGGGGGGAGCAGACACCUCGCUGCCAGGUGAGAAUCAUGAAGAUGAUGACCUAGUAAACUCUGAUGAGGUUAUGAAGAAACCAUGUCCAGUACAGAUUGUUCUUGCUCAUGAAGAUGACCAUAACUUUGAGCUCGAUGAAGAAGCUUUGGAGCAGAUAUUGCUACAGGAACACAUACGAGAUCUUAACAUAGUAGUGGUAUCCGUGGCAGGAGCUUUUCGUAAAGGGAAAUCAUUUCUACUGGACUUCAUGCUUAGAUAUAUGUAUAACAAGGAUUCUCAAAGUUGGAUUGGUGGAAACAAUGAACCGUUGACUGGCUUUACAUGGCGAGGUGGUUGUGAAAGAGAAACAACAGGCAUACAAGUCUGGAAUGAAGUAUUUGUGAUUGACAGACCUAAUGGAACAAAAGUGGCUGUGCUGCUAAUGGAUACCCAGGGUGCCUUUGAUAGCCAGUCAACUAUCAAAGACUGCGCAACGGUAUUCGCUCUGAGCACCAUGACUAGCUCGGUCCAGGUAUAUAAUUUGUCUCAGAAUAUUCAAGAAGAUGAUCUUCAACACUUGCAAUUAUUUACAGAGUACGGCAGACUUGCGAUGGAAGAAAUCUACCAGAAACCAUUUCAGACAUUAAUGUUUUUGAUCCGAGAUUGGAGUUAUCCUUAUGAACAUUCAUAUGGUUUGGAAGGUGGAAAACAAUUCCUUGAAAAGAGAUUGCAGGUAAAACAAAAUCAACAUGAAGAGCUACAGAAUGUAAGGAAGCACAUUCACAAUUGUUUCUCAAAUCUUGGUUGCUUCCUUUUGCCACAUCCUGGUCUUAAAGUUGCAACUAAUCCUAGUUUUGAUGGGAGAUUGAAAGAUAUUGAUGAAGACUUUAAGCGAGAGCUUCGAAAUCUGGUUCCAUUGCUGCUUGCCCCUGAGAAUUUGGUAGAAAAAGAGAUAAGUGGAUCUAAAGUCACUUGUAGAGAUCUUGUAGAAUACUUUAAGGCUUACAUUAAGAUUUAUCAAGGAGAGGAACUUCCACAUCCAAAGUCCAUGCUUCAGGCAACGGCUGAAGCUAAUAAUCUUGCUGCGGUAGCAGGAGCAAGAGAGAUCUAUUGCAAAAGUAUGGAGCAGGUAUGUGGUGGGGACAAGCCUUACAUUGCACCUUCAGAUCUGGAGCGAAAACACCUGGAUCUCAAGGAAGUGGCGAUCAAACAGUUUCGUUCAGUAAAAAAAAUGGGCGGAGAUGAAUUCUGCCAUCGUUAUCAGGACCAGCUUGAAGCUGAAAUUGAAGAAACCUAUGCAAACUUGAUAAAGCACAAUGAUGGCAAAAACAUCUUCUAUGCUGCUCGUACCCCGGCCACACUGUUUGCAGUCAUGUUUGCUAUGUACAUAAUCUCAGGACUGACCGGCUUCAUUGGCCUAAACUCUAUAGCCGUCUUGUGUAACCUUGUCAUGGGGUUAGCACUGACAUCUCUUUGUACUUGGGCAUAUGUAAAAUACUCUGGGGAGUUCAGAGAAAUUGGAACAAUGAUUGAUCAGAUUGCUGAAACACUAUGGGAACAGAGGAGUCCCAGGAAGGUGUUUUCCAAACUGUUUGAAGUUACUAGACGUCGAAUGGUCCGUCGUGCUCUUUCAUCAGCACAGCGACAGAGACUGUCAUCCAACAAUAACAAGAAGAAAAAUUAGACAGUAUUUUUAACUUUUUUCUCUAUCUGAAGUUGUUCACCCUUAAACAUGUAGGACAAUAAGCAGGACCGUCUGGGCCGGUCUGCAUAAAUGCUGUAUACUUACCAGAUUUGAUGCUGCAUAGAGGGUAUGGAAUCGCACGUCCAUCUCAUAGGAAUUGUAAAUGGUUUGAGUAGGAGGAAAGUAAUUUUUGUUGCAUUAUAAGAUGUCUAACUGCAUUAUUUGUAGCAUCAUAGCUUUUUUGGGGAGAAGCAUCUUUUUUAUUUCCCACAUUCCUGGUUAUUUUCUUCAUUGCUUUGAAUUGAAUUUUUAUAUCUAUUUUUCUAUGUACCUCUUUUUUUACCUCAUGUUUUUAUUUGUUUUGCACAUCUCUCAUACCACAGGUAUUGAAGCCCCUGGGUGAUAAUUUGAUGGAGGAAAACAUAAGGCAGUCUGUCACAAACUCUAUCAAAGCAGGCCUGACUGACCAGGUGUCUCAUCAUGCCAGAUUAAAGACAGACUGACAGUUCAUCUCCUCAUGGACUCCACUCUCCCUUUUUUUCAUGCUUGCUGUACAAUGAGAACUCAAAUAAAAAUAAACCAAAGUUUACAAUCAA